GGGUAGGGAAAACAUCUUUGAUGAAUCAAUAUGUUAAUAAAAAGUUUAGCAACCAUUGGAGCUGACUUCUUGACUAAGGAAGUACAGUUUGAAGAUCGGCUUUUCACUUUACAGAUCUGGGACACAGCUGGACAAGAAAGGUUUCAGAGCCUUGGUGUAGCUUUUUACCGGGGUGCUGAUUGCUGUGUUCUUGUGUAUGAUGUCAACUCCAUGAAGUCAUUUGACAAUCUCAACAACUGGAGAGAAGAGUUUCUCAUCCAGGCGAGUCCAUCAGAUCCAGAGAAUUUUCCCUUUGUUCUUAUUGGAAACAAGGUCGACGUUGAUGGUGGAAACAGCAGAGUGGUUUCAGAGAAGAAGGCUAAAGCUUGGUGUGCUUCAAAGGGAAACAUUCCCUACUUUGAGACUUCUGCUAAGGAAGGCACCAAUGUGGAAGAAGCUUUCCAAUGCAUUGCCAAGAACGCUCUGAAGAGCGGAGAAGAGGAAGAGCUGUACUUACCAGACACAAUCGAUGUCGGGACAAGCAAUCAACAGCGGUCUACAGGGUGUGAAUGCUAAGGGAUUUUGAUUAUCUCUCCCCAGAAGAAUGCUUUUGAGUUCAACUUGUCUCUCUUCCCAGUACCUCUUUUCUUCACCAGUUUAUCUCUCUAAAAGAUAUUAUAUAUUACAUUGCUGUACAUUUGUUCUGUUGUGGGUAAAAGAACCCUUCAAAACGAUUUAACUUUGUUCAAUAAGGUAUAUUAUGGUUAGAAAAACUUUAUUAAU